AUGCCGUCUUGGCGCCAAAAGUGCACAAAGCCCGCGCUGGCUUCCAAGAUCAAGGUCACACUUACUAGGUCAGAUCAUAGGUGUUACGCGACAAAGGUCAUGGAACGUUACGCUAUGCUACAAGGUCAUGGAACAAACGCUAUGCUACAUGGAACAAAUGUGUUACGCGACAAAUGUCUAAAAAGUAUAUAUCUUAAACUUGUCAAAAAGCACGACAAACAGUUGUAUACUGUCUCUGAUGAUGGCUGGUUCAAUAUUUCACUUACUGGAAUCUACACUAAGAACGUAGCAUGCGAGGUUCAAAAAAUAUGCAAUGAACGCUGCUGUGGCUGUAAAGUAUACGAACAGGAUUGCCUAAUGAUGGAUGAACACGAAACUUGGGCAAUGCACGGGUUCAACGCUAUAGAACAAGCUAACAAAACGUCCUCCACAUGGAACGAAUUCAUGGCCGCUACCAAAAUUCUAAACGUAGAAAAUCAUAAAGAUUUCACACAGCACCUGAUGUGUUUGCAAGAAGAACCGGAUCAAAACUUUGUCUACACUUUACUACAAGUAUAUCGAGACAAUCAACCAUUACUACGUAUUCUACAGGAUUUAUGGAAUCCACAAACUGACCCCCUGGAAUCCUAUGCUCAAUGUCAUUUCAGCUCACCGCCAAGAUACACCUAUUAUGUCAAAGGGACAAAGGAAACGUUCAAAUCCCUCAAAACGGAUCAUAACAAAGCGUAUCAGAAACAUUUAGAAAAUAAACUAAGAGAACAACUCAAUAAAUUGUAA